AUGAAGCUACUUCUCUCUGAACUCCUUCUACUGCCUACCCCCAUUUUUGCAGCAGUGGGUGGUAGAUGCAGCGGUGAAUGGAACACGGAUCGCUGUAUAUGCCUUGACCACAAUGAAUGUACUGGCAAAUAUCACGGAUGGGCGUACCAAGGAGAUGCGCAGACGAAGAACUGGGCAUGUCCGUUCGAUGGGGAUAAUGUUUGGGGAUGUGAGAUUUCACCUUGUCCCGGCAAGGGGACGAAGGCCGUAUGCAAAUGGAAGAGCGAGUGCAUAGGAGCAGUACUCCCAGACCCUAUCUGCCCCGGUGGUGGUGACUUUGUCUGCUGUCAAAACCCUUGA